CUAGGUAUGAGGUUGGUUUAAGGCUGUAGGAGGUCAGUUAAUAAAUCCUCUCCCAACAUCAGUCCACAUUAUGUUAUUGAGCUCCUCACCACUUGUGCUUAACCUGCAGGCAAAUGUUUUAGACAUCUAAUGGUGAAUGAUUUUAUCUUUUAACUGGACUGCAUGUUUUCUGUAGAAACAGUAAGGAUUUUGUCUGCAAGGAUUAGGGCAGUUUGGACAUUUUAGUAACCACCUUGAAUAUUUUAUACAACCAUGAUUAGGAAUCCAGAUUUGAGCUCCUUUGUUUGUUGUGCUGUAUGCUCAAAAAUAAUACCACCACCACCUACACCUGCUACUUUUGAACGGAUUCGGGAAUAUAAGCCUUACAAAACACGGUAUUACACUCAUCGGGAUAUAUUAGAGCUCGGGGCAGAUCUUCAACAAGAACAAUGUGAAAAAAAGGAAUUAGAAGUAAAAGAACGGAUUGAAAAAAUUAAAGCCGAACUAUGGUUUCAGGCUAAAGUGGAAAAAGAAGAUGCAGUGGAACAAGCCCUUGAUCAGGCAACAGCUGAACACAACAGUUUUUUAGAAGACCUAAAAAAAAAGCAUGAAAAGAAACUAAAGGAAGCAGUGAUAAAAAUUAAGAGAGAGAUGCAGCGGUACCUGGAAGAUGAGCUGAAGAGGGAAUCUGAAGCUGCAGAGCAGCGCAUGGCUCACAAACUUCAGCGCAUCCUGAUGGAGUGUGCUUUGGAAAAGAUGCACGCUGUAGCUGAUGCCAGAAAACAGGAGAGGCAGACAGCAUCCCAAGCAAUGGCCAAGCAGCAAAAAAAGUACACAGAGCAACUCCAGGAAGCUGGGAUAUUGGCUAACAAAAUACAUCAGAAGAACCUGGAUCAAUUAAAAAAAGAAAAACUUUAUGAAAUGAGUGUUGCCUUGGACAUUACUCAAAAAGAGAAUCAAGACGAGGCUGAAAAACAGCUCAAAGAAGCAGAGAAAACACAUCAGGCCAUAUAUGGAGAAGUGACGACCAGCCUGAGAGAGACAGAAGCUCAGGUACAGAUUCUUACCCAACAGCUGGAAAGCAUGACAGCUUGGAAAGACAACCUGGAAGCUGAAAUAGAAGAAACAAGACAAUCUUUUCAAAACUACAUUGAUAUUACAUUUCCUAAGCUAACCCCAGGACAAGCAGAUUUUAUCCUGCCAUUCAGAAAGAGACUUGAACACAGGGAUACAAAAAAGGAAGCAACAGAUAAUGACAACGGAAUGUAAAGACGGGAUCAGUGUGAGAUUUACUGCA